AUACGGGAAGAGAUAUAGGCUAGGAAAAUGGAGAAGAGAUGAAUGCUGAAAGAAAAUUUUAAGACGGCUCAAGUCACUUGGAGACUAGGAAGCGCUUGUGGAAGAAGGUUUUCUGCACAAGAAACGGAAUAGAACAUGUCGAAGAAGGCAUCAAAAAGCGAUUCUGCGAAGAAAGCUAAGAGAUCUGGUUCAAAUGUCUUCGCAAUGUUUGAACAGAACCAGAUUGCUGAGUUUAAGGAAGCAUUCCAACUUAUCGAUUCAAACAAAGAUGGUCUUAUAGAUAAAAAUGAUCUAAGAGCAACUUUUGAUUCUUUAGGAAGAAUUGUUAGCGAUUCAGAUCUACAAAGUAUGAUGUCAGAAGCACCAGGCCCAAUUAAUUUUACAAUGUUCCUGACUAUUUUUGGAGAGCGGAUAGCAGGUGGGGAUCAAGAAGAAAUAAUUCAAAAAGCUUUCACGAUGUUCGAUCCAGAUAAAACUGGGAAAAUCCAGGACACAAAGCUCCGGAAAGCAUUGAUGACUUGGGGUGAAAAACUAACUGAUCAAGAGGUCGAUGAGGCAUUUAAAGAGGCUCCCAUUGACUCUCACGGAAUGAUCGACCUCAACUCAUUCGUCAAAAUCAUCUGUGGUACGGCAACGGAAGAAGACUGAAUGGAUCAGAUGACGUCAUUCGGUUUUUCCCUCCUCCUUUUGUAUAUGUUAUCACAUGAUUGUAAUAGAUGCCUUCAAUUCAAUAAAAAAAGUGGUGUCUACAAUAGCCCGGAAUGCAGGAGAGGAAAUUGAUAUGUUGUUAAAAUAUUUUUCGCUGUGUAUUUUUUAUUAUUGACGAUAAAAUAAAAUGUAAAAAAGCACAGAAAAA